AUGGUUGUCAGUAGUAUGGGCCUAGAGGAAAAUUUGGUGGUGGUUGUGCCAGUGGAGGAACCCAUAGUAUUCAAUUUAAGUUACGCCAGACAAAACCCAGUGUCUGAAGCAAAUUACUCUGAGGUAUCUGAAUCUGUAUUCCUGGGACUUUCUACCUAUAGACCAGUGCAGCACUUCCUGCUUGCCAUUUCUACAGUGUUUUAUGUGACAGUUGUUCUGGGAAACAUUAUUGUUGUGUUUAUAGUGACCUUUGACCCUCAUUUACAUUCAUUCCCCCACGUACUUCCUUUUAGCCAACUUUCAUUUAUGGAUUUGUGUUUUUCUACCUUAACAGUUACUAAGAUGAUUUCUGACCUAUACUCUGGGCACAAUACCAUAUCAUUCCAGGGGUGUGUCAUCCAGAUAUUUGUCCUUCAUGUCCUGGGUGGAUCUGAGAUGGCGCUCCUUAUAGCUAUGGCCUUUGACAGAUAUGUGGCCAAAUGCAAACCCCUCCACCACCUGACCAUCAUGAGCCCGCAGAUGUGCAUUUUGCUUCUGUCUCGUGCUUGGGUUAUUGGUCUCAUUCGCUUAGUUACCCAGUUGGCUUUUGUUGUCCAUUUGCCUUUUUGCAGUCCUAAUGAGAUAGAUAGCUUUUACUGUGAUCUUCCUUGGUUUAUCAAACUUUCCUGCAUAGACAGCUACAGGGUGGAGUUCCUGGUUACUGCUAAUAGUGGGUUCAUUUCCACAGGCACUUUCUUCUUAUUGAUUAUCUCUUAUAUCUUCAACCUUGUCACUGUAUGGAAACAUUCAUCACGUGAUUUGUCCGAGGCCCUCUCUACUCUUUCAGCUCACAUCACUGUGGUGGCUUUGUUCUUUGGACCAUGCAUCUUUAUUUAUGUGUGGCCAUUUCCCACAGUACCAGUGGAUACAUUUCUUGCCAUUUUAGACUUUAUGACUACACUCAUCCUCAGUCCUGCCAUUUACUCAUUGCAAAACAAAGAUAUGGAGAUAGCAAUGAAGAGACUGAGUAGUCAACUCCUGAGUCUGAGGAAGAUCUAA